AUGCUGCUGUGGAACAUGGACGAAGCAAGCAGGAAUUUGAUUCUCCAGCUCCUAACACAAGAUGCACUGGAGGAGUCCAACAGGCACAAGGGAAAACAAAGGGCUGGGGUUUUCACAGAUGGUGAGUUGGCCAUGCAAGAAUGGUCUGGUCAGCUCAACCAGUCCUCUACACUUAUCCAGGAUCACCAAAUGGCGUUAAGCAUUGCCAAUGCUGUAUCUGAAGAUGGUGUUGCUAUCACUCUUGCAGCCCAGGAAGAGGACAGAGCGUUUGCAGACCGGAGGCUGGCUUUCCAACUCGCUGGCAAAACUCCACCGGCAAAUGAACAGCCCUCCGCACACGAACAGCCUUUGAGGCUCGUUGGCACUGUGUUCUCUGAAGGAGUCGCUUCUCAGAUCGAUGCUCAAGACAAUUUCUUACGCGAAAACCGUCCCAACAAAAGACGCUGUGUGGCCGAAAGUUCCAAGACCGCCGAGGGUCGUCAAUGCAUCGCUGGACUGCAGGCUGAGUGCGCGGCCUGCAACGACAGAAAGCCUGCUUGCGACAUGAUUCAGGCACAUUGCCCACAUUUGUUCUGCAAGGAUUGUAUGAUCCACCUAAUCAAGGGUGCCCUCAAAGACCAGUCGCUCUUCCCUCCCAGAUGCUGCUGCAUACCAAUACCUCCAUCAGAGUUGAAGAAACAUCUCGAUCCGGGACUUGCCAGGAGCUUUGAAGAGAAAGAAAUUGAGAGCAACGAUCCUUACAGAACCUACUGUUCAAACGCCCACUGUGCGAAAUAUAUUCCACCUCCACAAGUGGACGGAUACGUCGGCACUUGCCACACAUGCCACGCAAAAACAUGCACUUUGUGCAAACGACUUGCCCAUGACGGUCCUUGUAUUGACGAAGAUAAUGAAAUAAUGGAAUUAGCAAAGCAGUCUGGGUGGCAGCAAUGCCCACACUGUCAUCACCUAAUUGAAUUGAAUACAGGCUGCAACCAUAUCACAUGCCGCUGCCGGCAUGAAUUCUGCUACCUCUGCACUGCGAAGUGGAAGACCUGCGGUUGUGCAAGAUGGGAUGAGGAUAGACUGUAUGAUAGGGCUCGCGUGGUGGCAGCUCGAAAUGCUGAGAGGCCACCUGCACAAGAGGAUGUUAGGGAGGUAGUAGAAAGAAUAAGAGAGGGGCCCUGCCAGAAUCAACACGCCCGUGUUUGGAGAAGGAUUGAGGCCCUGGAGAAUGAUGAUGAUGAAGAUCGUGACGACGAAGACGCCGAUGAUUAUGGCUUUGAUUGUGAUAUUUGUGGUGACGUACUUCCGGAUUUUAUAAUGGAAUGCCCUAACUGUGAGAUGCAAUGGGAUGCUGGUCGAACCCUGAAAACAGUUACUUGUGAAGGUAUCCAGGCUGACUGGGAAUCCUUGGAAAGCGAGCAGAGUAACGACGCCAUUUAUACAUAUGAUUAUGGAUUCUACUUAUGGAUGGCAAGACUUCAUCUCGUUCUGGGGCCGAUGUUUUACACAAUAUUGGACCUGCAUUAUCACCCCGCCCACAUCAUUGCUGCUAUCUACCUACUACUCAAGUGUCAAUCGACAACAGUUUUCGGCUUUAUGAUUGUCGCCGACGAGAAGAGAUUCCUUAGCUGGCUGUCGCAAUUGCACGAAGCCGAGCCGGUCAUUCCACAGAGCGACAAUCGGCCCUCUGCAAGAUCUAUUUUUGAUGGGGUUCCCAUUGAAAAGCAGAUCCCUGAUCCGAACCUCAACCCUCAAAGGCUACCACCACAAGCAAGAAGAUGGCAGCAAACCCAUCUUGAGCUCAAGGACUCUGGGAAACCAUGUUUAUCGAGGCCCACAACAAAAGGAACCGAAUCCGGAAUGUCAAGAAUAGAGAGAAACGGGUAUAAGCGCAUUCCAAGGGCAAAGACCAAAGAGGACCGAUACGAGUAUAAGGGAAAGAGUUCGGUGAAGAACAAUGGAAAUUCAACCGUGCGGACUAGGAAGUCAUCGAGGCAAAAGAGGAAACAUACUAUCAAUGAAGAUUUCCAGGCUUCGAAUGUCCCCUCGAGCCGCUUGACGGUACUUACCUGUAAGCUUCAUCCUGCUACGAAUUUGGGGAUUUUCAACAGAGGAAAGAGGUCAUCUCCCAUUAAGACUCACGUACUCGACCAGGGCUUCUCCGAAACUGAGUUCCUGAGCAAAACCCCUAUUGGCGCACAAGCAAACUACGUUAUCCAACACGAGAAAGCAAAUUUGCUCGAAUACGACAUUGGAAUAGAAAAUAGUGGUCAAUCCCAUAGAGAAACUGAGCCACAGCCACCGUCUGAGAGCAUAGCAUUGAAUUUUGAUGAUACUGCUAUACGACAUGCGCCUGACGAACAAGCAGAGACAAGUGAUAGCCUACUAUUUUGUUAUGGGAAAGAGAAAAAAGGCCCUAGCGAGGAACCUAUGAUCUACUCCCCGAUGAAACAGGAAUCGCGAUCAGCUGCAGACAUUAUAGCUGAACCUAAGACCAUGGGACUUUUAGACUUCAAAAUGCACUCACCGAAAGAAAAUGUUACCGAAAAUCCGGCAAAGGUAUAUUGGACCUUAGAGGAUCUCAAGAGUAUUAUGCAGCAAAGGAUUUCUUCAUGGAAGUCAGAGGACGAAGACAGUACAACGACUUCUGGUUCUUGGCUGCAGACAGGCUCACGAAAACGAAAACAUACCUCGUCCCAGGACAAGAAGAACACCCAUGGAAAGUUGUCGAAAAGAAGAAGAACCCAGGGAUAUGGUCAGAGAUCCGAAAUUGACCCGAGCGACAGAAGCACGAGCCCCCGAACCGCAGCUUUGGAUCCUUGCUCAUUUACUGGCUCGGGCAUUGAUUUUCCUUUCGGGAAGCCUCUUCCUACGCACGCGCAGAUAGAUUACGCCGUGGAAGGAAACUCGUUUCAGCCUCAGCGCCCUUGCCCAUACAGAGGAGUGGGCUUCGUCCACGACGAGGAUGCAUCGUUCAUUCAUGAAGCGCUUGAUGCUGCAUAUGAGGCAAUCAUGCGGUCAGAACCAGAUGCACCACCUAACGCCUUGGAAUGCGUGCCGACGAUUAAGACCAUUACGAGUAGUAAUGAUGGAAAUGUUCCAUUACAUGCGCCUUGGGAGUGGGGCUUAAAGGACGAAGAGACGUUGAGCCUUUCCCAUAUCGGGCAGGAGACGCUUCUUGCCGGUCAGCAAGCCAGUGAAAUGGCCAUUUAUACAGCAGCGAGCGGACACUAUGAGCGGCACCGUUCAUAUUUUGGGGAACCUUGUGCCAGCCAAGAAGCUCUGCUACCCAUGGAGAAGGUCUCGUCUAUGGAUUCGGGGCAAGUACAAGAAUGGAAGGGACUCGAGGCAAACAAGCUCGAUUUUGUGACAAUUGACCAAAUGAAAAACUUUUGGCGCCAAAACAAACUAUAUUGA